AUGCAACCGCGUGAUGGACCAUCGACGAUAUUGACGUGGCGUGGGCUGUAUGUAGAGGUGAAGGGCAUGAGAAAACGUAUUUUGAAUGACGUUUCAGGCAUGGCUGGAAGGAUGGACGACGUUCGUGGCGGCAUGUGCGCGCUCAUGGGACCUUCCGGCGCUGGAAAAACCACCUUGCUCGAUCGACUGUCCGGGCGACUGUCUUCCAACGUAUACGACAGCGCUGGUGAAAUAUUCAUGAAUGGUAAAGUCGCGUCAGUGGAAGAUAUGCGAGCGGUAAGCGGAUAUGUCAUCGACGAGGACGUGUUGCCCGGAACGGCGACUGUAUACGAGCACUUGUUGUUUCACGCCAAACUUCGGCUUCCAGCCGAAACAAGGCAAAGUACAAUUCGCAAGCGUGUUCGAGCGACAAUGCAGAUUCUCGGCAUCGAGAAGCUCGCUGACUCGUUCAUUGGUGACCAGUUCCAGCGCGGCUUGUCCGGUGGAGAAAAGCGCCGUGUGAGCAUCGCCACGGAGCUUUUGAUGAGCCCUGGCAUUAUGUUCCUGGACGAGCCCACGACUGGGCUGGACAGUACGAACGCCGCCAAGGUAGUGGAUAUCCUGUCCGGUCUCGGCGCGAUGGGCACGACGGUAUUGCUGAGCAUUCACCAGCCACGACCAGACAUUUUCCGACUGCUUGAUCGCGUCCUGGUACUGAGUGGCGACGGGAGCGUUGUUUACUCUGGUCCGUCUGCACUCGCUUCAGCGCACUUCAACUCCAUGUCGUUCGUCAGCUUGCCUUCCGCGGACUUGCACAUCGCGGACUACAUGCUGGACGUCGUGCUGAAGAGUCCCCGCUCGGACGUAAAGCGCAUGGUGCAAGCGUUUGCCGAGAGCGACAUAGAGGCUACAAAUAAAGUUACGCACACGGAGCUGUGCGCACAAAGAUUCAGCGUCUCCCCAAGCUUGCUCUCUAUUGACGGCGAUGCAAUCGACGACGUCGAUAAGAAGCACACAGCGACGUUUAGAACGCAAGUCAAGCUUCUUUGUGGACGGUUGCUCCGGCAAAUGUACCGGCAUCCAUUUUUGAUUUACGUGCACUUCAUUUCGUCUUUCGUCGUCGCUUGCGGUGUCGGUGGGAUUUUCUGGCAUAGUGGUACAAAUCAAGGAGGUAUCCAAAAUAGGAUGGGCAGUUUAUUCUUCAUCUUGCUCUUUUUGACAUUAAUGUCAUUGUCUUCGCUGCCGGUUUGGAAGGAGGAUCGUUUACUCUUCAAGAGCGAAAGAGCGAGUCGAGUAUACAGCGCAGAUGCAUAUUUCGUGAGCAUGCUAUUAUUCGAUCUGCUACCAAUGCGUGUCCUGCCUCCGUUUUUCUUCGGAUUCUUCUCGUACGGUAUGAUCGGUUUGAAUGAGGGUGGUCAGUUGAAUCUGUUGAAAUUUGUCUUCGUGUUGAUCCUGACGAACAUCGUCGCUACGUGUUUGUGCAUGGCGGUCGGCGCCGCGAAUCGGAACGUAUCUGCGGCGAACAUGGUUGCUUCGCUGUGCUUUUUACUCGCGAUUCUUUUUGGGGGGUUCUUGCUGAACAAAGACCACAUUCCGUGGUAUGCACGCUGGAUCGCCGACUUGAGUUUCAUAAGUCACGGCUACGAGGCGCUCGUCGUCAACGAGUUUGUCGAC